AUGGAGCCCCGGUCACAGCGGCGGCGGCGGAGCCGCCAGCUGGUGGCCGCCUUCCUGCGCGACCCGGGCUCAGGGCGCGUGUACCGGCGCGGGAAACUGAUCGGCAAGGGAGCCUUCAGCCAUUGCUACAAGCUCACAGACAUGUCCACCAGUGCGGUGUUCGCCCUCAAGGUGGUGCCAAGAGGCGGGGCGGGGCGGCUGCGCCUGCGCGGGAAGGUGGAGCGUGAGAUCGCCCUGCACAGCCGUCUAUGCCAUCGCAACGUCGUGGCCUUCCACGCACACUUCGCAGACCGCGACCACGUGUACAUGGUGUUGGAGUACUGCAGCCGCCAGGUAGCCGUGGGCCUGUCCGCCCGCCCGCAGUCCCUGGCUCACGUGCUGAAGGCACGGAGGACGCUGACGGAGCCUGAGGUGCGCUAUUACCUUCUGGGACUGGUCAGCGGCCUGCGCUACCUGCACCAGCAUCGCAUUGUGCACAGGGACCUGAAGCCCAGUAACUUCUUCCUUAACAAGAACAUGGAGGUGAAGAUCGGAGACCUAGGGCUGGCUGCCCGGGUGGGGCCCACCGGUCACUGCCACAGGGUGCUCUGCGGAACCCCAAACUUCCAGGCUCCUGAGGUGGUGUCCCGCAACGGACACUCCUGCAAGUCUGAUAUCUGGGCUCUGGGCUGUGUCAUGUACAUGGUGCUGACGGGCACGCCCCCCUUCGCCGCAGCGCCCCUGUCGGAGAUGUACCGCCGUAUCCGGGAAGGCCAUUACCCCGAGCCCGCUCACUUGUCUCCCAGCGCCCGCAGCCUCAUCGCGCGGCUCCUGGCACCCGACCCUGCUGAGCGGCCCAGCCUGGACCACGUACUCCAGGACGAUUUCUUUACUCAGGGCUUCACUCCAGAGCGGCUGCCUCCACAUUCCUGCCACAGCCCGCCCGGCUUUGCCUUCCCACCACCGCUGGGCAGAUUGUUCCGCAAAGUGGGCCAGCUCCUGCUGACCCAGUGCCGGUCACCUUGUCCUUUUACCUCAAAAGAGCCUUCAAGCCCUGCAGAAGAAGGGACCGAACCUGACCACCUGGAGUCCAGCAAUGAGGACAGGGUUCCUCUCUGUGCUGAGAGUCCGGUCCUCCUCACACUCGGGACCCUGCAGACCAACCUAGCAGACCCAAAGGGGAGCUGGGCUCUUCAGGUGGAGGCGGCAACCAGGAAAAUGCACCUAUGCCUGGAUGCAGGACCUGUGGCUGCCCAGGAACCCCCAGGGGAGCAGCGGCCUGUCCUCUGGGCUCCCAAGUGGGUGGAUUAUUCCCUCAAGUACGGCUUUGGCUACCAACUGUCCAACGGGGGCAGUGGCGUGCUGUUUCGGGAUGGCUCCCACAUGGCGCUGCGCCCCCAAGGAGGCCAUGUCUCCUACCAACCUGACCAAGGGACUCUGUGGACCUUUGCCCUGAGGGAUGUCCCCAGCCCGCUGCGUGCCAAGCUGGCUGUCCUGCGGCUCUUUAACUGCUAUAUGCAGAGGCGUCUGAGGGAGGAGGGGACUGUGUCCAUGGCUGUGGCACCCGCUUCACCUGACUUCUCUCUGCUGAAUUUCAUUGCCGAUUCCCAGGCACUGGUCAUGUUGUUUAGCAACGGGACCGUGCAGGUCAGCCUCAGGACGUCCCAAACCCAGCUGGUGCUGAGUGGGGAAGGUGAAGGCUUUCUGCUCACCCUCUGGGAGCUGGGAAGGCCAGGUACGGGCAGCUCCUACUCACUGGACGUCCUACGGAGUCAUGGCUGCACUCCCGCCAUCCACCAGCACCUGCGCCAUGCACUACACCUGCUCCACAGUGUCAGAUGAGUCAGAAGGUCUGACUGAACCUCUGCAUGUCAGUGCUGGAGACCUGGGCUCUAUCUGCU